AUGAUGAAGAUAGUCACCGCUCUUGUUGCCUGCCUGGCUGUUACCGCCUUUGCCGAGCCUACCGGUCUGUAUGGUGGAAUUGGCGGGUUGAAAGGAGGACUGGGCGGAAUUGGCUACGGAAUGGGUGGAUUGUACGGAGGCCUUGGAGGUCUUGGAGGCUAUGGAGGUCUAUACGGAGGCAUGGGAGGUCUAUACGGAGGCAUGGGAGGUAUAUACGGAGGCAUGGGAGGUCUAUACGGAGGCAAAUACGGAUACGGCAUGGGAGGUCUGUACGGAGGACUCGGGGGCUAUGGUGGUCUCUACGGAAUGGGAGGAUACGGAAUUGGAUUGGGAAAAGGUAUCGGCUAUUAUUGAGUUAUUAUCACCUGCAGUGUGAUGCUGGCUAUUUAUGUAUUUUCUCAAACCAAUGGAAUUGGUUCA